AUGUCGCCUACGCAAGAACACCUCUCCCCAAAAAGAGCCUACCUCCUCUUCUACAAUGCCAUAUCCAUAAUCCUCUGGCUCCGCAUCCUCCUCACCGUCCUCACAACCCACGACCCUGCAUCAACAUACACAACUCUCGAGCCCUGGACGCGAUGGACGCAGACCCUAGCAGUCGCAGAGAUCUUCCACUCCGCGGCCGGUAAGACCAGAUCCCGUCUCACCCCCCUAUAUCAUGUACAUAGUACUAACCCCCGGGGUGAAGGAAUCACCCGAAGCCCCGUCUUCACAACCUUCACGCAAGUCUUCGGCCGCAGCGUACAGGUCUGGGCCAUUAACUAUGCCUUCCCGGCCGUGACUGCCCCAUCGUGGGCCUACCCAGCGAUGUUACUCGCCUGGUCUGCGGCAGAUACCGUCAGAUACCUAUAUUUCGUCGUAAUGCUUGCCGGGCUACCGAUACCCGCUGCGUUGAAAUGGCUAAGAUACUCGCUCUUCUUCGUACUAUAUCCGAUUGGAAUCAGCAGCGAAUGGUGGCUAAUGUAUCAUGCUGCCAAUGCCACGUCUAGUCUUUUCGUGGCUGGCAUCUUCUACUUCUUUCUCGUGCUUUAUGUGCCUGGAACGCCUAUGAUGUAUAAAUAUAUGGUUAGCCAGCGGCGCAAGACCUUGGCUCGGUCGUAG